CUCUUCCCUCUGCACAUCUGAAUUGUCAAGCAACCACAACUCUUGUCCAUCCUCUCCAAUCUUAAGCAGGAUAACACAAAGAAUUCUUCCUUCACAUUCCCAUUCACAAUCCUUCCUUAUUCAACAAUUUGUCUGAUACUUGCAUGCCCACAGGCAGCUCAAAAAGCUAGCUACUUGUUUCUGACUUGUAUCAUUUCUACAUAGAUAGCUCAAAGCCUCUCAAAAUCCUGCAUUUCUUGCUCAAAUGGAUUUUUCAAGGCAUAGAUUCUUCAAAUUCAGAUCAGCAGCUGUCUCCUUCCUCUCCAUGUAACUAAUUUCAAGCUCUCAAGAUCAGCAAGUUCAGCAAUCACUAGACUAGCUAGGCUCACUCCUUCCACAUAUAGUCACAGCUGCUCUCAUCAAUCAAUCUAUCUUUCCAGCUUCCAGGUGACAAUCGAGACCUGAAUUUCUGAACUUUUUUUCCCUCUCGUCACUUCGUCAGUAGAAAUCCAAGGUUUAUAUUCCUCUGUACUACUACACAACAGAGUGAGCGUAGUACGUGUCUCAUCAGCAUCAAAAAGUGACAUACUGAAAGCACGCCACAAUUGAGGCCGAUUGAUAGAAUCGAAUUCCACUCAAAAUUGCACGGUGGAAGAGAAUCCCCUGCGUGCUUGAUUUGAUCAGGAUUUAUAUUGGAGGCAUCCAAUUCCAUCACUCAACCGGAGCUGUCUGUCUGUAGCUAUCGCCCUAUUUCUGCUAGCUCGUGGCGUGCCAGUUUAAUUUCUUCCAAAAUUCUCCGGCCUCACCUCGCGUCGCGUCGCGUCGCUUGCGUUAGGAGGUGCCUAAGUAGUGGCUUGUCGGCGUCAGAUGAGUGCAGGGACGUGCUGCUCGGAGGCGUCCAUGGCGUGGAUCGACUGCUCCCUCCUCGCCUGGCUCCUCUUCCGCGUCGUCUUCUUCUCCUGCCACGCCAAGCAGUUCAGCAUCUUCUAGCACUCGAUCAGCUAGGCUGAAUCCACAUAUACUCCAGCAUAUAUAUACAGCAACUGAUUAAGUAAGCUGUUGCUCGCCGACGACGGUGGCCGAGCAUGUCCGGUGCACGGCGGUGCGGUGGCCGGACGUCGGAGAGAAGCUCGGUGGUGGGCGACAACAGGAAUGGAUACGUCGAGACCGACCCAACUGGGCGCUAUGGCCGGUUGUCGGAGGUGCUGGGGAAGGGUGCGAUGAAGACGGUGUACCGAGGGUUCGACGAGCUGCGGGGGGUGGAGGUGGCGUGGAACCAGGCCACCAUCUCCGACGUCCUCCGCACCCCGGACGCCCUCCACCGCAUGUACGCGGAGGUGAGCCUCCUCGCCGACCUCCGCCACGACGCCAUCAUCGCCUUCCACGCCUCCUGGGUCCACCCCUCCCGCCGCACCUUCAACUUCAUCACCGAGCUCUUCUCCUCCGGCACCCUCCGCUCCUACCGCCUCCGCUACCCGCGCGUCAGCCGACGCGCCGUCGCCGCCUGGGCGCGCGCCAUCCUCCGCGGCCUCGCCUACCUCCACGCCCGCGGCGUCAUCCACCGCGACCUCAAGUGCGACAACAUCUUCGUCAACGGCCACCUCGGCCAGGUCAAGAUCGGCGACCUCGGCCUCGCCGCCGUCCUCCGCGGCUGCGCCUCCGCCCGCAGCGUCAUCGGCACGCCGGAGUUCAUGGCCCCCGAGAUGUACGACGAGUGCUACGGCGUCGGCGUCGACGUCUACUCCUUCGGCAUGUGCAUGCUCGAGAUGCUCACCAACGAGUAUCCCUACAGCGAGUGCGACAACCCGGCGCAGAUCUACAAGAAGGUCACCGCCGGCAAGCUCCCCGACGCCUUCUACCGCCUCACCGACGCCGACGCGCGCCGCUUCAUCGGCCGGUGCCUCGUCGACGCCGCCCACCGCCCCUCCGCCGAGGAGCUCCUGCUCGACCCCUUCCUCUCCCCGUCUCAGAACCACGACGAUCACAAUAUCAUUGCUCAUGCCACUGCGCCGCCACCGCCAUUGCCAUUGGCGUGCAGUAAUUCCAGUGAGGAGCAAGAGGAGGCGGCGCCGGCGCCGGCAGCAAAGACGACGGACAUGGCGAUCACCGGGAAGCUGAACAAGGAGCACGACACCAUCUUCCUCAAGGUGCAGAUCGGCGGCGGCCGCAACGUGCGGAACAUCUACUUCCCGUUCGACGUGGCGAACGACACGGCGAUGGAGGUGGCGACGGAGAUGGUGAAGGAGCUGGACAUCGCCGACCGGGAGCCCACGGAGAUCGCCGCCAUGAUCGAGCAGGAGAUCGUGAGGUUGGUGCCAGGGUACAAGCAGCACGAGUACUCGUACGCGGAUGACAACGACGAUGAUGACGUCAGCGGACACCCUAAUCCCUUCUACUACCUCUCCUCUUCGCCGACCUCCUCUCAGGGAUCUCUCUGCGGAGUGGGGUCCACAUCGUCAGAGGGGUUUCCUGGCCCACAUGGAAAAGUUGACUGGUCAAGAGAUUACUGUUACUACCCUCCAAGCAGCGUCAGCGUGAGCGACGACGAUGACAGCAGCACGAGCUCACUCUCUGCUGCAGUCAGUGCAAGCAGCCUGCAUCAGCAGCAGCAGCAUUGCUCGGCCUCUUCCAGCAGAUUGGGGCCAGCAUCUGCAUCUGCAUCUGAAGACGGAGGAGGAGGACACGCCGGACGGCCACGGCAGCGAGAGGGGGAGGAGGAGCGGCGGCGGCGGAGGAUGAGUCGGAACAGGUCCAUGGUGGACAUGCGGAGCCAGCUGCUGCACCGGACGUUGGUGGAGGAGCUCAACAAGCGCCUCUUCUUCAACACCGUCGGCGCCGUCCACGACAUCGGCUUCCGCGACCCUACUGCUGCUGCUUCUUCUUCCUCUAGCUCUUCCCACCACCGCCGGAGAAGCAGCAACAAGAUCGACCACAAGCACCACUACAUGUUCUGAAUAAACUUUUCAGAGCAACUUAAUUUGCUACUCCAUUAUGUACAGAGAAUCAGAUGCAGAGUAUUAGCCUCUGAUAAUGGAUUAGGGCCGUUCACUUUGAUGCCACUUUGAACCUUACUAAAUUUUGGUAAAACUACCAAAAAAAAGUGGCUACAUUUAGUUUGUUGUCAAAUUUUAGUAACUAUAUAUAAGAAAUCCUGCUAAAAUUUUAACAAGUUGCCAAAAUUUGAUAAGGUUUUUUUUUUGACAUCAAAGUGAACAUGCCCUUAAUGUGCGCAGUGCAGAGUAUGCAUUGCGUGCGCGGCCACAAAAUUGUGUAUAUUUGGAACGAGUGCAUAUAUAUAUAUGCGUGUUAUCAAUGAGAGUUUCGCCAUGAGACAUGUAAGUGAAUAUGGGAGUGAUAUGUACAUAUAGUUGUUGUUACCAGUGGAGUACAAAAUACUACUCCAGCAUGCAUGCGCUGCUGACCAGAGUUUUUACUGA